AAAAAUCAUUAUUCUCCCGAAAAUGGCCGCUUCAGGAGGAAAUAUUGAAUGGUCGACUACUGUAAAACCAAUUUUAACAGCUCUCUACGGGCCAUUUUUUGACAAAAAUGAUGCCGUGGAGAUAAUACAAGCUAUCCUCAAGAGUGAAACUGAAUUCCAAAACCAUGAAGACAUCUACGACUUGUUCUACACAUGCUUUGCCUGCCUCUCAUCACAUUUCAUCAGUGUUAAUGCAGCCAAUUUACCAACAGAUCAGCUGAAUACAGCCAGAGAUGCAUUCAGGGUGGUCUUACGACAGAUCCUCAAGAAGCUCUCUGAGGCCGGAUUGAACUGUGACGAUACAGCAACCACUGCUGCACCUAAUAUUUCCAUUAAACAGCUGCUUCUGCCAAUUGUGGGACUAUGUGGCAUUGAAGGAGGGGGCUAUCCUCAAGCAGACCUAGUAAUAUUGACAUCUCUAUUAAAGAGUGCAAAACUUCCAGCUCAUGUUAACGUACCAGACUCCCAAACGACGAAAUCCUCGGUCAUACCGAGCCCGAUCACAUCAUUGGCGUCUCAAGCCACGACAACUGAGAAGCAGCCGCCAUCAAAUGCCCAGAGGCGUUCCGACGCGUUGCUAGAACAACUGACGACCCCGCUGCGUAACCCCGUGGGUUCGGUGGCGACACCGCAGGCGCCGUCGGCUACGGCCGUCCUGUCGCCGGGAAGUAAAGACAGCUUGGAGAGCGCUAAGGAUGGGAAUAACACACAACAUGCCCUUAUUGAUAUGAAGAAAUGGGUAGCAUCAACAUGCAGCUCGCUACUGAUGGAGUUACGCGCCGGCUCCGUGUUGCUGAAUGUGAGCGCGUCGCUGCCGUGCCUGCAGCGCUACCUGAACCGCUGGCAGAGCGCCAAGGAGACCGCUAUGGCGCCCCAGUUCAACUCCGACGCGUCGCUCGGCUCCCUACUGAUGGAGUUACGUCCCGGCUCCGUGUUGCUGAAUGUGAGCGCGUCGCUGCCGUGCCUGCAGCGCUACCUGAACCGCUGGCAGAGCGCCAAGGAGACCGCUAUGGCGCCCCAGUUCAACUCCGACGCGUCGCUGCUCCAUUUCCUUGUGAACGAAGUACACGUAUGCCGGCUGGCGUUGUCUCUGCCGUGCCUUGAGCCGCUUACAUCUGACCGCAUCGCUACGCUAAGUGACGUCAGCGCUGCCUGGCUUCUGUGUGCCACUGCCCAGGCUUCCCUUCAUCCAAAAGACGAAGAAAGUGAACAACAAACGGCUACAUUGGUUGAGAGCGCACUCAGCCUCUAUAACUCUGUUGGCGAGAUAUUCAAGCAAUCCACUCGCGCUGGAGGAUACGUAUACCAAAACCAUCUCAUGAUCGGUGGGUGGGUGUUGCUUUGUGGGCUUCACCACGCGCUGGCAGGCGCUCCUUGCCCUACGACUGCGCCUGGAAAGAGCCCCGCUAAGGUUCCUUCGAGGCCCUACAAUUUGACUAAAAUGCAACAAGGUCUCGGCGUAGUAUGGGUGGCCCUUGGCGGCAAGUGCCUCUCGUGGGUCGGCGCCUUACUAUCUGACGCGCGUCUCGAAGCGUUGAGCAGCGGCGACGGCUCGCAGGCCACUCCCGCGCCGCUGCACAUCCUGGCGCAGCACACGGCGCACCAACGGGAGCUGCGGCUCGCUUCUGCCGCGCCGCUGCAUCAGUUGUUAGUGGCCCUGGGCGUAGUGUGCUACCGCAAGGCCACGAACCUGAAGCGAGCGGUGGUGCAGAAGCAACACCAGGACGCCGACCCCGACCGCUCCGACUCCACCGUCUACUUCCAGGACAUGAUACUGUGCUCGGAAGACUCGGAGACAGAUGAUGACAGCGAACCCCUCUUCGGGUUAUGGUUCGAAUCGACCCUCGUGGCGCCAGAUAUUACUGACAAUAGCGGACUAGUCCGCGCAGCCGCCAGCGACAGUCAAGACGCGAGUGAUGCGCCCACGCGCACUCACCAGGCCAUAGUGCCGGAUAAAGCUGAGCCGUAUUCCUACAUAACACUGGCUACGGAAGUUUUCACCCUGCUUACUGAAGAAAUCAUCAGUGAGGGCGCAGAGCGUCUCGGCUCUGGCUCGCUGCAGCUACACGAAGCGCAUCAGGCGCUACUGGCCGCGCUCGCGAAAGACCUGGACCGAGAGACAGCGAGGACCGAUACCGGCACAAUCUCAUCCUGCUUCGGCGCGCGUCUAGGCGGCCUCUACGGGUCAUUCAGUGCCUCGCUUGUGCGCUACCUGCACAAUUUAACAGGCGCUCCCGCAUUCGCCUCGCUGCAACCAGCGUUACACCAGCAACUGGUCGCUGUCGGCUCUGACCGCACCAAUAUGACUCCGCUACAGGUUGGACCUCGCGUGGUGAAGUUACUGGGAGGCAUGGUCCUCAGCAAAGCGGCCGCUGAACGCGAGAAUAGCAUCCUAGCUAUGUGGCAUAAGAUCGUCAACACGCUGCAGGAGUGCGCGCUCCAACCGCUGCCUUCACAGGACCACGAUUAUGAAGAUCUGAAUGUGGAGCAUGCCCAACUUUUGGUGUACUUAUUCCAUUCGUUGACCCUCAUGCAAAAGAAGUCUGUGCUACUUAUGACGUCUAACGCUAUUAUCAAGGUGGUAGAAACUUUGUCGAUAAGCGAUAGAAGACGAGCGACGAACUUGGCGCCUCACCAGUUGAUGCUGACCACCAGACUGAUGCUUCUCUUGGAGUAUCUUAUGAGACACUUGUACGAUGCACCUCAAACUCUGCUGCAACAGAUCGAAUGGAACCUUGUCAUAGCGCCCGGUCUCGCUCAGCCUUCGAACGAUCCGAACACAAACGGUGCCAGGGUGAUGACAGAAAACGGACAAAUGAAAGCGCGCAUCUACUGCGAAGUGCCGUACAUCGAGCAAGCUUACAGAGAGCUGUCGCAAGACGAAAGCUCGAUGAGACCCAAGUUCUACGCUCUGACUAAUGCAGAGAUCAACAACCAGGAGAACCCCAAAUUCGACGGACUAGCAUGCAACUUCGUGCUAGGCACACCGCACAAGCUGAAGUAUCCUCUACUGCUGGACGCUUUGCUGGCUCUACUGAACUCGUCGUGUGUAUGCGAUAACCCGCUGUACCAAACGGCGCCGGCCGCCCUGGCUGCCGCUCAUUACUGCUUCCAGACUGCUUGGAGGCUAGUUAUCAGCAUGCCGCCGGCCACUCCCCACAUGGAUAAGCUUCAAGCUGGCACGACGGCCGAUCUUCCAUCGCCGCUGCCUUUGCACGCAGUCAUCUGGGCGCCGCGCGCAGACAACAAAAAGGUCUUCAACCCCUGGCUGAAGGACGCGCUCGUUAAACAGGGAAUGUACACACAGUAUGCUGAAAACUUGCUUGCCGGCGUAAGCGCGUCUUGUGACAAUAUGAAAUACACCGCGUGGCUCGCAUCAGAAUCUAUCAAGCACUUGAAAGCGAAUAUUACUACAAGUGGACUUCCUUCGCUCUUGGACGUGAUAUCGUGCGACUCGGCACUCGUGCGACUGAAGAUGUGUCUUGCUGACACCACGGCUGCGACUGACGCCGCUCAGUUCAUGCCUGACUUACUCGAUCUUAUGGACACGAUGAUCGAAUGCUGUCGCGUUAGCGCCUCAGCGGAUCUAGAAGGCGCUCCCGAAUCCAGCAGCCAGGCGUUCUCGCCGGUGUGGCACGCGAUACUUAAAGUCUGCGGCGGCUGGGGCGGCUGGAGCGAAGCCGACGGCGGCGGGCCUCCAUUGUCCGCGUGGUUACGUGCUGACUUCUCGCGCCAGGCGGCCACAGCGCUCGACCACAUGUCGUCCCCACCACCGCUGGCUUGCAUCAACUUGGCAUUCUACGCGUCGCACAUCAUCCCAUCAGAAAGCGCAGUUCUAAACCUGGUCUCCUCCCACUGCGAGCUGAUCAGCGCCAACAGCAAGUACUCCAUCGGGCCGUCGCUGAUGAUGCUGGCCUACUCCGCCGCGAAGCUCCUGGAGGUGGGCGCCGGCCGGCUGGCCGAGAGCCCGGAGCUGACGCAGAAGACGCUGGACCUGAUCAUACCGGCUCUGACGGACGGCCGCCUGCACUUCAUGACUGGGCCCCUAUCCGUGACGCUGAACACGCUGGUGCCGGUAGCGCAGCGAGCGCAGCAGCUGAUACACGAGCACGUGCUCAAGGUCACGUACUCAGUGCUCGUCGAACAUCUACAGCCGGCCAAUGAGCGCACCUUGAGACAUAUAGUUAAAUACUGGGAGAAAGUUCUGGAUCGCCCAUACGGAAGACUGGCUUACGAGAACGUGUUUGCUGAAAAUACUCCAUUUUUCUUGGGGAAGGUUCUACUGUCCGCACCCAACUGCAGAAAAUUUGUUUCAGCUGAUAGAGUUAUCAAGCUCUUCGUCAAGAUAUUCAAUGGAUGUGAGAGCAAUGAGCUUAACAGCGCUCUCUGCAUAUCCGUGUGCAAAUUCAUCGGCGUGGCAGAUCAAAUGAGUCUGUCCAGUCUUCUGUCUUACAUCUGCUUGAGAGCUCCUAUUUUCAUCCCAGUUAACGACACGCCGACUGAGACGGAACUACCCACGCCCACAUCGUCAGCGCCAGAAGCGGGUGGCAACCCUGCUUCGCUUGCGCUGCGGAACGCGCUGCGAAGCGUCUUCCGGACCGACAGCUCGGCGACGCAACGCAACGACACGCCCGCGCAACGCAACGACCCGGACUUGCCUGUGUUUGAUACGCCAUCCCCAGCGCCACGCGCACAAUCAGAUACGGCUCAACAGUCAGAAAGCUGCAGCUGGUCAGAUGGCAGCAAGGAGAGCGCCGCGGCCGCGCCGGCCGUCGCUCCGCCUACUGACAACUCUCCGUCGCCAUUGUCUGACGCGACAGAUAAUAACGCCGCACUGCUCUCGGCUCUGUGCAAACACAUUGUGCAGCACUGUAGUGAGGAAGUAAGUGAGCGUGUGCUGUCGACACUGAUCGUGGUGUGCGGCGAGAGCGCGUGCUCGCCUCUGCUCCUCCGAGAGAUGUGCCGCCUGGCCGACGCACAUUCCGGCGCCGAUCACCGCCAGCUGUUCCCGGCUGCAGUGGCCUGGCUCGCCACCUGUGUUGAAACCCUGAGUAACCAUGAAGUACUAGAGAAAUUGGAAGAAGGUCAGGUAGACGGCAACUUGGCGCCGGCGAUUGAAUCCGCGUGCGUUCUGCUGUCGUAUCUCACCGACGCUUUGCACGCCAUCAACACAACGCAGCCUCACACAUGGCGUUCUGUCAGUCCGACGUGGGAAUCCCCUUCGGACUUAGGAUUCGACUUGGACUACACGGAUGAACAACAAGACGAUGACGACACAAGCGCUGACGAUUCUGACGAAGACGCAAUGCUUCAGUAUAAGCUCUGCACUUUCACGGUGACCCAGCGCGAAUUCAUGAACCAACAUUGGUACCACUGCCACACUUGCAAGAUGGUGGACGGAGUCGGCGUUUGUACUGUGUGCGCUCGCGUGUGCCACCGCGGCCAUGACGUGUCAUACGCCAAGUUCGGCAACUUCUUCUGUGACUGUGGCGCCAAGCCCGACUCAAGCUGCCAAGCUUUAGUGAAGCGCUCCGUAGCGCUAGGCGGCGCUCGCGGCGCGGGUAGCGGCGCCGGCGCAGAGGAAGCGGCGCCUGCGCCCUCGCUGCGGCGUCGCCCUUCAAGCCCCGCCCCCGCCGCCUUGCUGGCCCCGCCCAGGCGCCCGGUGCUCGCUACCAACAUACAAGGCGGCGCUCGCGGCGCGGGUAGCGGCGCCGGCGCAGAGGAAGCGGCGCCUGCGCCCUCGCUGCGGCGUCGCCCUUCAAGCCCCGCCCCCGCCGCCUUGCUGGCCCCGCCCAGGCGCCCGGUGCUCGCUACCAACAUACAAGGAUGCCGUUCAUACCUAGUGAACUACGGCGGCUGGGGCAUCUGCCUCGAGCGCGUCAAGCGCUUGCUAGAAGCGCUGUGCGGGCCAGUACGAGCCGCGUGCGAGCGCGCCGCGCCCACCGGCGCCCACGGACGCGCCCAGCGCGCGCUGGCGCAGCUGCACUUGGGCGAGAAGAAGUUCACGCACACUGACAGCCUGAUGCUGCCUACGCUGGGCUCGCAAGAGGGCGCGUUCGAGAACGUGCGCAUGUCGUACACUGGCGAGAACGGCCAGACCAUCCGCCAGCUGAUGUCCACGCACAAGCUGCGGCGCGUAGCCAUGUGCUGCCUCGCGUCGCCGCAGGGCCGCCGCCAGCACCUCGCCGUGUCGCACGAGAAGGGAAAAAUCACAGUGCUUCAACUGUCGGCGCUGCUGAAGCAAGCUGACUCUUCGAAACACAAGCUGACGCUGACGCGGCUGUCGUCCGCUCCGAUUCCGUUCACGGUGCUCAGCCUGAGCGGCAACCCUUGGAACGAGGACCUGCUGGCUGUCUGCGGCCUGAAGGAGUGCCACGUGCUCACUUUCAACAGCGGCGGUGCAGUAGCAGACCACCUAGUCCUAAAUACAGCUUUGGAAGGCAACAACUACGUGAUCAAGGCGAUCUGGCUGCCCGGCUCGCAGACGCAGCUGGCGCUCGUGACGUCAGACUUUGUCAAGAUAUUCGACCUCAGCAAGGACUUGAACAACCCCAUGCACCACUUCUUGGUGCCUAGUGGAAAGGUGCGCGACGUGACGUUCGUGAACCAGGACGGCAUUAUGCACAUGCUGUGCAUGAGCUCAGCAGGGCAUAUUUACUGGCAGCCCAUGAGCGAGGAGUCGCGCGCCACGCUCGGCACCUUCUACGUCACCAACACUCUGGAAGUUCUUCACCCAGAGAUACAGGAUGUCGCCGGAUUGGUGGGAGGCGGCGGGGUUUCCAUCUACUACUCGCACACUUUGAAGAUGCUCUUCUUCUCGUACGCUCAAGGCAAGAGCUUUUUGGCUCCUCUGAACACGGUCGAAGACAGCGUCAAAGGCACAGCAAUGAUAACGCUAUCAGCGUUAGCGACACAGAAAGAAGGUGGCGGCCGCGGCGGCAAGCAGGGCGGCGUGCAAUCCCUCUGCCAGUGGGCCGAGGUGCCCGGCCACCCUGGGCUCGUCACCGCCGUCAUGCAGGCCUCCAACAACCCCGUCGUGCUCAUGCUCACGCCCAACAACAUCUACGUGCAGGAGAUCAAGGUUGUGCCAGCCAAAGCCAAGAUAACCGACAUGGUCGCGGUCCGCCACUGGUGCGGCGGCGGCGGCGAGCAGAAGAGCACGCUGAUCCUUCUCUGCGAGGACGGUAGCCUGCGAAUGUACGCCGCGAGCGGCGAACAUACCGGCUACUGGCUCGCGCCCGCUAUACAGCCGACGCACGCGCCUAGGAGGCGCCCGCGACUGCUCACACACCAUGCCAAGGGCAAGGCGCAACAGGCCACCACAAAAUCGAACUCAAACGGCACGCCACAGUUCCCGAUCGACUUCUUCGAGCAUUGCGUAGCGAUGACCGACAUCGAAUUCGGCGGUAAUGACCUCUUGCAGGUGUACAACACCGCCCAAAUCAAGCACCGUCUGAACACUACCGGCUUAUACGUCGUGUCAACUAAAAUGAGUGGCUUCACCAUGGAGGUGGUAAACUCUGAUCCCAAUAUGGUGAUUUGCGGCAUAAGAGUGUUGCUUGGAAGCCAAGACGUAGCCCGCACUCCUUCUUAUGUUGAGAUUUAUGGCAGAACGGUUCAAACCAUAGUGGUUCGUAACCGCUGGUUUGAUAUUCCUCUAACGCGCGAGGAAUCCCUGAACUCGGACAAAAAGUUGACCAUAAACUUUGGACCAUCGCAAGACCCAGAUGGAGUCACUAUGGUAGAUUCUGUGAAGGUUUACGGCAAGAACAAAGAACAAUUCGGAUGGCCCGAAGAAAACGAAGAUCCAUCAGCGUGCCCGUCAUCUAGCAAGGUGGCUACUGAGGCCGAAGGAAGCAACGGCGCUUGGAAGCCGAGUUCCCUCGAGCGUCUGGCGUGCGCAGCGCUUGAAGCGCUUGAGUUAGGCGCUGGAGCUAACUCGAACCCAGCUAAUCCGCCCGUGGUAAUGGUAGACGGAGGCGGUGAAGCCGCUAAGAACUUACUAUGCGCGCCAGCUAGUGCGCACUUGCAUGCGCGAGUGCAGUGCUUGCUGAGAGCGCUGCAUCACAACUACUAUCAUCAAUACAAGGACCAAGCGAUCCUGAAGUACGUGUGCACGUCUCUGAAGGAGCUACGAGACACGGCGGACGCGCGCAACAUCGACCCCGAGGCGUACUUCCGGCUGGUGCUACUAGCGCGCGGCGUGGCCGUGGCGCGCCCGCACAACCUCGUCACCUUCACGGCGCCCGCGCCGCCGCGUCCGGCCAAUGGCGACUGGUCAAUAUUCUGGCGGCUGGAUCAGCUCCAACAGCAGCAACAGGACGAGCGCGAGCCGCAUCUAUGCGCUCUACUUACCACCGUACUUUGGCGGUUAGCUGGGUGUAAGAGCGGCGCUGGCCCGCCUGGCAUCCUGCAGUAUGGGCUGAGACACGCUGAGCACACAUUGCACGCGUUAGCAGACACCGUGCACGCGUUCCAGUUACACGCUGACCCGGAAUGCGUUGAAUUCGGGAAUCAAAUCUAUCUAUCGCUGUUAUUGGCCGAAGACCAAAGCAUAAGCUUCGGCGCCAAGGCCGCACUCAUGAGAGUUCUGCGACCGCGUGUCAAGAGGCGUCGCGUAUACAUCCCAUCGCCACCCAAUACUCCUGGUGCUGGGUCAUCAGUAACCACAGCCCAGCCGACCAGCUCCAUAACCGAGGCGGUGGUCUCCGAAACAGACUUCAGCACGAAUCGCGACGAACAACAAGAGAACCAGUUUAUGGAAGUAGACGAUUCACUGGAACCGAUGGUGUUGCUUGCACCUGAUGGUGGCCUAGAAGCGUUACUGGACAUACCGCCCGACGCGGACGACGAGACAAUGGUAGAACUGGCCAUUGCGUUGUCCUUACAAGAGCAACCGAGACGCACUGCGCCCGCGCCGACCGCGCCGCCGCCGCCCGCCCCUGCCUUUGGAGAUGCUACGCAUUCUCCGGCUGGGUCUGACGAUGAAGGCAGCACGGCGGCGACGGACGGCAGUACGCUCCGCACGUCGCCCGCGGAAGCCCCGGGCUCCGCCGGUUCUGAAAGUAACGACAGCAUUGGCGGCGUCUCUGGACGCAGCAGCGCUUAUGGAGAGAUGUCAGCCCCGCCCACGGGGUCGAUGCCCGCUUCGAAUGUCAUCGCCGCGCCUGUUGCCAUCACAGCCGGCCCAUCCACGUCAUCGUCCCAACCAGUGGCAUCGACGUCCCGCGCAAGCGAGGCAGAGAAUGAGACUCGCAAACUUCAUGCCUUACGUCUUUCGCUACUGUCGGCCGCUCUCGAUGCGCUGCCUACGCUUAGGACGCUGCCUGGUGUCCGAGCCAUACCUUUCGUACAGGUGGUCCUCAUGUUAGCUGGAGACCUCGAUUCCAGCGUCGAAGGCGACCGUGCCGUUUUAGAACGCCUACUGGAACUUCUAGUAGCCGAACUAGACAUUCAGAACGAUGACGCAACUCCGGCUGAAGAGCGCACUGACAGACGCGAGCUUCAACUGGCGAUUAUGCGCCUUGAGUUGUUGGUGUCAGAGUUGGAUAUGCAAGGCGAGGAGACUACGCCUCCUGUGCAUGAGCGCACGAAUAGGCGAGAGCUACAGUUGGUCAUCAUGCGACUACUCAGCGUCCUCAUGGCCCGCUGGAAGACGUCAGCCACGGGCGGGCCGGCGACUCGCGCCGAAGUCACUGGCGGCGCCUGCGCAGCGCACGUCUCGCGCUUGGCAGCGGCGGCGUUAGUCCGAGCCGGCGCGCCCCACCACUGCUACCGAGUGCUGUCUGCUCUACUGCCUUACUGGAAGGAGAAGACGUCCAGUACUGGAACUACACCAACCGGUCAGCAGCUUUUGAAGCCAUUGCCGCCUCAGCCGUUACCAGACAUGCAGCCUUUCUUCGUGAAGGAAUAUGUUAAAAGCCACGCCCUCGACGUGUUUGACAACUACCCGCAGCUGCUGAUGGAGAUGGCGCUGCGGCUGCCGUGUCAGAUCCACAAGCACUGCGACCCGGCGCACUUCGACGCGCGUUGGCGCACACUACUCUGCGAGUAUAUGAUGAACCAGCAGACUCCGCUCAGGAAGCAAGUCCGCAAACUGCUCUUACUUCUCUGCGGCACGCGCGAGCGCUACCGGCAGCUGCGCGACGUGCACGCGCUGGACACGCACCUGAACGCGGCGCGCGCGCUGCUCACCACCGACCCGGCCUACGACAAGCUGGUGCAGCUCAUGGAGCACCUCAAGCACGCGCUGGACACGCACCUGAACGCGGCGCGCGCGCUGCUCACCACCGACCCGGCCUACGACAAGCUGGUGCAGCUCAUGGAGCACCUCAAGGCUUGCGCCGAAAUCGUCAGCGCCCGCACCGGUAACUGGCAACACACGUGCGCGGUGGAACGCCGCGAAGCUCUGGCAUGGCUUGUGACGGUGGCCCGUCGCGUGCACCCGCACGUCGCGCCCACAGUGCUACAGCUGCUACAAGCCGCUCUCUGCGCGCCGCCACACCACCAGCGUCAGGAACCCAAGCCAUCAUCCGACGUCCCCGAGCGUGAACGUAGCGCCGACAGUGACGCCUACGUAUCUGAUGGAUCCAAGUUCCAAGAACAGAGAGUACCUGCUUUGGUGCAACAAAUACUCAAACAGGUGUCACAAGACGAAUUGCGAAUGUUCGUGAAGGCAUUCUUGUUGGAGACCAAUUCGACAGCCGUGCGCUGGCAAGCACACGCUUUACUCCUGGCUAUUUACAACAACUCGUCGCAGCCGGAGCAGGCCACGCUGGUAUCCCUGCUGUGGGGCAUCUGGCCCACGCUGCCGCAGUACGGGCGCAAGGCGGCCCAGUUCGUGGACCUGCUGGGAUACUUCACCCUCAAGACGCCCAACAUCGACACUGAGAAAUACGUCGGCAGCGCUGUAGAAUUGCUCCGCAACCAGAACCUUCUGCUCUCAUCGCACGGCAACGCGGCGUUAUACGCCGCCCUAGGCGCCUACGUGGAACUGGACGGAUACUACCUCGAGUCGGAGCCGUGUCUCGUGUGCAACAACCCGGAGUUGCCCAUGGCCACCAUCAAGCUGCCCACUAUUAAGAUCGACUCGAAGUUCACGACAACGACGCAGAUCGUUAAGCUGGUCAACAGCCACAUGAUCAGCCGUAUCAGCCUGCGCAUCGGCGACAUCAAACGCAACAAGAUGGUGCGCACUAUCAACUUCUAUUACAACAACCGGACGGUUCAGGCUGUGCAGGAACUCAAGAAUAAACCCGGCAUGUGGCACAAGGCAAAGCGCGUGCAACUCCAGUCUGGCCAAUCAGAAGUGCGGGUAGACUUCCCGCUUCCUAUCGUGGCGUGCAACCUUAUGAUGGAGUACGCUGACUUCUACGAAAACCAGCAGGCUACGGGUGAAUCGCUCCAAUGCCCACGAUGCUCGCAAUCCGUGCCAGCCAAUCCCGGCGUGUGCGCCAACUGUGGCGAGAAUGUCUUCCAAUGCCACAAGUGCAGGGCCAUAAACUACGACGAAAAGGAUCCGUUCCUCUGCCAUGCUUGUGGCUUCUGCAAAUACGCCAAGUUUGACUACACACUGACGGCGCGGCCUUGCUGCGCUGUGGACACCAUCGAGAAUGAUGAAGAACGCAAGAAGAUGGUGCAAACCAUUGGUGCUCUGCUGGAUAAGGCUGACCGCGUCUACCGUCAACUAACGGCCAAUAAGCCUGUGUUGGAGUCCCUGCUCCACAAAAUAAGCGAACACCGUCUAGAAGGCCGCUCCGGUGAUGAGAACAGCAAUGCAAGCAACACGUCCUUCAGCGGAGCGCAGAUCAACCGCGUCAUACAGACUCUUGCGCACAAGUACUGUGUCGAUAGCAAAGGACACUUCGAGGACCUCUCCAAGAUCAUACAGAAAGUGCUGGCUUGCAGGAAAGAACUAGUCUCCUUCGACCGGUCCCAAAGCGAGCAACUCAAAGGCGAUACUUUGCCAGUCUAUGCUGGCUUAGUGCAGAACUACGACGGGGACCUUGCCAAAGAAUCUGGCGGAGGUUGCUACGGAUGUUCGCUGGCAUGCGCCGAACAAUGUCUCACGUUGUUGCGAGCGCUAGCUUCUCAAGCGGAACACCGCACUCGCCUUUGCCGCUUUGGCCUAGUGCAAGAACUGGUACAGCAUAACUUGCAUCGUGGAACUCCCCAGUGCCAGGAAGAGGUCCGUGCACUGAUCUGUCUGGUGACCCGCGACAACUUGCCGGCGACAGAACAACUUUGCAACUUGCUGACUCAGCGAAUCACGCUAUCGCUAAUGGGCCACGCUGCAUCACAAGAUCAUAACAACUCGGUGCGCCCAUUGGUUCUUUUACUGGGGUCUCUCGUUAAAGUUCAAGAUUCCGUUGAGUGUUGGGAGGCGAGACUACGCUGUAUCGUCAAGCUUUGGGUGUGGUGUUGCCCUCAUCUGACUGAAGUGGCUGGCAUCGCUCCUGCGGCAAAUGCAAUCCUGAAGUCCGAUGUCCUGGCAGGAUUGCCUGGCAUCAACACGUCUUCACCGAACUCCCACCAGUUCGCGCUACAACAAGUGGGCCUGCCCUGCAUGCGGUAUAUGCACCAACUAAUGGCACCACCGCCCGCCGCCGCCGCUGCCGCCGCCGACGCCGCCGAACCUCCGAAGGAGGAACAACCUGACGUGGUAAAGGGCUUCAACCUCCUAGAGCUGGCGCGCAACAUGAAGCUCAGCAAGAAGUCGCCACCACCGCCGGCGCCGACUGGCAUGUUACCCGCUGGCAAUGUUGUUGUGGACUUAGCAGCGUGGUUGGCAGGCCGCGUGCCGCACCGCUACUGGCGCCGCCUGGGCCGCUCUGCUACUGCGCCACCUGACACCGAGUUGCCGCCGCGGGACGCGCAUCUAGCAAGGAAAUACCUGCUUCGCUGGCGUGAGAGGGGUCGCGCCGCCACCACGCCACCUGACACCGAGUUGCCACCGCGUGACGCACAUCUAGCAAGGAAAUACCUGCUUCGCUGGCGUGAGAGGACACUGCUAUCGCACGGUAUGCGGCCACUAGCCAUGGAAGACGGCGGCUGGCUGCGGCCCGUGAUGUUCGACCCGAGCUCCCGCAUCGCGCGCGACACCGCCUGCCAGAUGGUGCGCUCGCUUUGCGACACCUACGAGAGGACUAAAGCUGUUCUCAUCUUACUGACAAGCUUCUUGCCAGAAGUUGGAAGCGCUGGCGAAGCUAGCGAACAAUUCUUACAACUUUACCAAAAUCUGGCUUCUGAAGCGCCAUGGAAACAGUUUCUGGCACUGCGCGGAGUAUUGCAGCAGAUUGCAGACCUGAUGACCAAGGAGAUCGAACAACUGCAUCGCCUUGAAGAGACUACGCUCACCUCUGACCUGGCGCAAGGUUACGCCCUAAAGCGUCUGACAGAACUGCUAGCCAUGUUCUUGGAACAAAGCGGGGCGCGCCGCACAUACAAAGGUCGCUUAGUGGGAGCUGUUCUAGGCGGCUACCUCUCUCUACGUAGAUUGGUGGUGCAACGAACUCGCCUCACUGAUGAUACUCAGGAGAAACUGCUUGAGUUGCUGGAGGAGAUGACUACAGGUACAGAAGCAGAGACAGCUGAGUUCAUGUCGGUCUGCAUUGAAACCGUUCAGAAGUACCCGCUGCACGACUACCGCACGCCGGUGUUCAUCUUCGAGCGGCUGUGCUCCAUCAUCUAUCCCGAGGAGAACGACGUCGGAGAAUUCUUCCUGACGCUGGAGAAAGAUCCGCAGCAGGAGGACUUCUUGCAGGGUCGCAUGUUAGGCAACCCGUACUCGUCCCUCGAGCCAGGAAUGGGCCCGCUUAUGCGUGACGUGAAGAACAAGAUCUGCACUGACUGCGAGCUCGUGGCUUUGCUGGAGGACGAUAACGGCAUGGAGCUACUCGUCUGCAACAAGAUCAUGUCGCUGGAUCUGCCCGUCAAGGAGGUGUACAAGAAGGUGUGGUGUACUUCCGGCGAGGGCGUUGACGCAAUGCGAGUAGUGUACCGAAUGCGAGGGCUCCUGGGCGACGCGACAGAAGAAUUCGUGGAGACGCUCAGCCAGACUAAUGCAGAGGCUGUGGACGAUGAACAAGUGUACCGCAUGGCGAAUGUGCUGGCUGACUGCGGCGGUCUAGAAGUAAUGCUACAGCGCCUAGCCGCAAUCCAGCGUGUAGGCGCGGCCCGCUCGCUAUGUUCCACAUUACUCCGCCUACUGUCUCUCUGCGCGCGCGUUCGCCGCUGCGUGCGCGUGCUAACGCGUGCCGAGACGCGCGCGCUGCCAGUGUUAUUGCACGCGCUGCAUCUGGCCGCUGACGAGGAGAAGGACAUGCCGAGGGCACAUCUAGUCUACCAGUUGCUGGAGAUUAUGGAACGCAUUCUAUCUGUAGCAGCCAGCGAAAGCUUGGAGUCAUUCCUGCAGUUCUCCCUGACAUUCGGAGGUCCAGAAUACGUCCAAGCUCUCCUCAACUGCACUGAGUGUCCAGGCAUUCGAAGCAACUCAGUCGCGCUCGGUCACCUGACGCGCGUUCUCGCUGCGCUGGUAUACGGCAACGAUCUCAAGAUGGCGAUGCUAGUCGAUCACUUCAAGCCGGUACUGGACUUCGACCGGCUGGACUCGGAACAAUGGACCGAAGAGGAGUUCCGGAUGGAACUGUUCUGCGUACUGUGCGCUAAUAUCGAGAGGAACUCCAUUGGCGGUACCCUCAAAGAUUACCUGAUAUCGCUGGGCGUGGUCCGCGAUGCGCUGGAGUAUAUUGUGAAACACGCUCCUUGCGUCAAGCCGACAUUGGUAUGCACCGACUCGGACGAGCUAAAGGAGUUCAUCAGCCGGCCGGCCCUCAAAUACAUCCUCCGGUUCCUCACUGGACUUGCUGCCGACCAUGAGCCUACUCAGAUGUUGGUAUGCGAGAAAGUGAUCCCAAUAGUCCACCGUUUGGAACAAGUCUCGUCAGGGGAACACGUGGGGUCACUGGCCGAGAACCUCCUCGAAGCGCUGCGAUCUCAACCACAGUGCGCUGCGAAGGUGCAAGAAGUCCGAGACUUCACUAGACAGGAAAAGAAGCGUCUCGCCAUGGCUGUGCGAGAGAGACAGCUGGGCGCGCUAGGGAUGCGCAGCAACGAGCGCGGACAAGUGACGGCGCAGUGCUCGCUCACGCAGCAGGUGGCCGACCUGGCCGAGGAGGCGGGCGCCGUGUGCUGCAUCUGCCGCGAGGGCUACAAGUACCAGCCGACCAAGGUGCUAGGCAUCUACACGUUCACCAAGCGCUGCCCAGUGGAAGAAUACGAGGUGCGCGCGCGCAAAACGCUCGGCUACACCACCGUGUCGCACUACAACAUCGUGCACGUCGAGUGCCACAUGGCUGCCGUGAGGCUGGCGCGCGCUAGGGACGAGUGGGAAAGUGCAGCUCUGCAGAAUGCGUCUACUCGCUGUAACGGCUUGCUGCCGCUGUGGGGGCCGCACGUACCCGAGUCUGCGUUCGCCAGCUGCCUUGCGAGACACACCACCUAUCUUCAGGAAUGCACCGGGCACCGCGACAUCGGCCACACAUGUACGCUACACGAUCUGAAGCUUCUGUUGCUUCGCUUCGCGCGCGGACGCACCUUCCACGACGACACCGGCGGCGGCGGGCCGCUGUCCAACAUGCAGCUCGUGCCCGCGCUCGUGCACAUGGCGCUCUACGUCAUCAACACGAGCCGUGUGGCGACACGCGAGAUGUCAGCCCUAGAGGCGGCGCUGGGCUGGGCGCCGGCGCGGCUUCUCGAGGCGGCGCACGAUGCCGAGGGCCCGCUCUACUACGUCACGCUCGCGCUCGCGCUCUACCCGCACGCCAAAUGGAAGUCGAUCCGCUUGGCCAUGCUGAAGAGCGUGCUGGUGAUCGCGCACGCGCGCGCCGUGUGCCCGGGCGGGCCGGCGCUACGGGCGCUCGCGCCGGAGCAGCGGCCGGCGCGCGCCUGGCCCGACUACAAGCCCUACGCGCUGUUCGUAGCCAUUGUGGACCUGCUGUACAAUGUCAUGUUCAAGAACGUGCACGCAACAACAGUCGAGCAAUGGCCGGUGAAGUUAGCCGAAUACAUCCGCCACAACGACGAGGCUAACGCGAAAGCGGCCGAGCGCAUCGUCACCACUCUCACCGACGAGCUUCUCCCUUGCGCGUCAUUCGCCGAGUUCUGCGACGCCGCCGGGUUCUUAGAAGAAAUUCCAGAGCCCGACGCCUUCCUUCAGGCGACGCUUGACGAGAUGCCGUGAGGCCGGCCGUUCGUCCCGCACUGCCUUCCGUACGACGGAUGUAUGGCUUGCUAACUUAUUCGACUACACGGGAAAAAGCGUGCGUAUAGAAACAAGCGACAAUCUCAACACUAUCUAGCAAUCACUUUAUCUAGAAACUUUUAAAGAUUCUGCCAAUUACCAACAUUAACGAAAAGAGAAUGUAACUUGAUUCUAUAGCACUCAAAUACGUACACAAAGGCGAGACGUCUAACGAUGGUGCUACGGGUUAGCCGUUAUGCAGCUUCCCACGAUCGAAAAAAUUGCGCUGAAAUCACACCUCCCAAUUAAUAUCACCGAUAUAACCGCUAAACAAGUUAGUGCUAUCGUAAAACGGAAGUGCCCGUCAUUGAAUACGCAUUUGUCAGCAUGUCAAUGACAUGAGCAUAUUUUAAAUUGAUUCGUCGAUUGAAAUAUACUCCAGUUCACCUGUCUAUUCGAGUCAUGUACGCAAGACUGGGUAGAUGAGUGAUCAAGUCACCUGUGUAGUCAGAAAUAGUUUGGCUUGUCAUAGCUCCGUUCGAGGCAACCUGAGACGAACCGGCGACGCAUCCCUUUCACUGCUGUGGGUCAAGGCCCCGUUAAAUGAACCACAUUAAUAAAUGUCACGUAACAAUGUUUAAAUUUAAUCCACUAUAGCAUCGUAGAAAACUGUAUUCAACGUCCUCAAGUAUUUAUUCUAUUUGGUAUCGAAUUGUAACCGCUUUCAUUUGUUUGAAUUAAUUAAUAAAUAGUCACUGCUUUCGAA